GAGCUUAAGCCGAAAUCCAAGUAAGCGCUCUACUCGUAAGUCCAACAUUUUUUCCCAUAUCCGAGAUGGCGCCAGUUCAAGAUGGGUCCGGUUUCACGGAUGCAAUUCCGGAUUAGAGCGAAUUCUUGACCAGUGGUGUUUGUUUGAUGUCGUCAGUAGAAUGUGUGGUGGUUAUUACGUGUGUGCUCUGAAAUUGGAAGCUUCCCCCUAAAUGCAGGAUUGCCUUUCACACGUGUGAAGAUCGACCGAAGACGAUCCAGGAUUAUCGAAUCCAUAAGACUCCGUCGUCUCAUUACGCUUUCAAAAUUGGGGAAGAUAAGAGGUGCUUCUUUUGCCAACAAAGUUCUAAAAUUUGGUGGACGAACGAACAGGCUGAUUGAAAUAAAACUAACGAUCUUGAUGUGGUAUGUAAUCAUUUAAUCGGUCAAUUGAAUUCAUCGGUAGAUACUUCGUCGGAAUCUUCAUCUUGGUGCGAGAUUUCCCCUCUGAACUCUAUCAAAUGUAUCAACAUGCCGUAAGUGAGUCUUUAUCGUUGAUUUGCCGAUUGUAUGAGAGCCUGGGAAUCUGGAUAACGAGCAUUGCUUUCGCCGCAAUCUCAAGAUUCUUCUCCACACUCUCCUCAGUUUUGUUUGAGCCCUUGAAGAACACCCUCACUCUCUUCAUUUACUUUGACGGCGGUGAAAGUUCGAUAAUUUACAUGGAACAUAACAAGGCCGGGUCCAAGCGACCUUUGUCGUUUUCAAUGGACCACAUUUUGGCCAAAAACGAUCCCCAAAGUGAUCGUGAUCGCGUGAGCAAUUUGUCCCACUCUGAUAAUGGGAAUUCAGGUGCCGAUCCCCCAAAGAUCCAGAAACUUGCCGAAGGUCCUAGCUCUUCCGAUGAUGUUCUUAGCCAAACAAUUCCAUCCCUUGGAACCGAAUCGUGGCGGCGCUCUCCCAAUCACCGUCCCACCUCUCCGCUGUCCAUUUCGACCCAGAUACCCAUUGAUUCAUCCUCCACAUCGAGUUCCAAUUCGAAUUCCCCCACUUCCACGUCCCAAAGCCUUGCUAACAACAGUCAGAGAGCAUCACCGGAAUCAUCCAUUCAGGACUCAAUCACACCUUCGCCGCCUCAAGCCGUCAAAUACUCGCCGGGUUUCUUAGUCAAGAAUGGGAUCAAAGUGGAAUUGGAGGGACAAGACUUGUGGAAAAAGUUUCACCGUCUCAGCACCGAAAUGAUCAUUACCAAAGCCGGAAGACGAAUGUUUCCCACCCUCAAAAUCAGAGUGAGCGGUUUGGCCGCCACUCAAUCGUACAUGAUUUUCCUAGAUCUGGUUCCUUUCGAUGACAAACGAUAUCGAUAUGUUUAUCAUAGCUCCCAAUGGAUGGUGGCGGGUGCUGGAGAUCCCCAACCCUGUCCAAGCACGUUUGUUCACGGAGAUUCGCCCGCUUCGGGCAAUAUGUGGGAGAGUCAGGGUGUGAUUUCCUUUGACAAGCUCAAAUUGACCAAUAAUCGCAGCUCCAUUGUUCAAGGUCAAAUCUGUCUACAUUCCAUGCAUAAAUACAUCCCUCGCAUUCACGUUCAACCUUUGUCAGCAGAUCAGAUUAAGUCGGGUUCAACCAUGGAAGCCUUGCUGGAUAUCGACCAAUCUGUGUCUUUCACUUUCCCCGAGACGGUUUUCACAACUGUGACAGCCUAUCAAAACCAACAGAUUACCAAGUUAAAAAUUGCCUCUAAUCCCUUCGCCAAGGGCUUCCGUGAAGCUACUCGCACAAGGGAUCCCGGAUUUUCGGAUUUCAACUCCUUCUACAAUCACCAAAUGAAUAUGGAGAUUCUUCGCCUGAACAACCCUCAUUUAGCGCACGAUCAAUACUCUCCGUUCCUGUACUCAUCCCCACAUGCUCAUCAUCUGGCUCCAAUUCCUGGCUCGCCUCUCUUUUCGCCUCUGUGGAACAUGCUCCCUCCUUUUAUGCCCAUGUUGAGAAGGAGCGACAGCCUCACACCCUCGGAAGCCUCCAUAUCACCCAUUCACUGCCACCGAAUGGACGACCAAUGAUGGAAUUGGACUCCUCAGGUAUUGGUCGUGGCCACUCAACCAUCGAAACU